UUCCGGAGUGCCCGAUCGUGCGGCUGGGACGAGCUGACGGUACGGGUACGGCAGACCCCUUCGUUCUGCCGCAUCCUCAGUGCUCGAGGCUUUGAUCGUCCGUCGCCAGGGAAAGGAAAGCUACCUAGGGCACUGGAUCUGGAGCGCACAGCAGCGGCAUUGCCAGGGCCAGAUCGAUCUUGCGCGUCGCGGCGGGCGGGAGUUUGUAGCGCGCGGCCGAGGUUUGUAGGAGAGAGAGGGAUUUAGCUGCUAGCGCGCUGUGUUGGCGGGAUCUCUCCGGCUCCGGCAUGAGAGCGGCAUUCUAAGGCUCUAGAAUCUCAGCUAGGGCUUUGCGAGCGCGCGAUUCUCUUUGUCGGCACUCCCCCGGUCUUUCUCGAGAAUCCUGCCAUGGCGACGACAACGGCCUCCCCAGAAGCGGCCAUAGCGGAGGCGUCGCUAGUGGCGGAUAGCGACAUUGUCCGAGAGAUUGGGCUGGUUCUCAACAGCGCCGACUUGUCCACCACGUCCAUGAGCGACAUAAGGGCGGUGCUGGAGAAGAACUUGGGGGUGGAGCUCGCCCACAAGAAGGAUUUCAUCCGGCAGCAAGUCGAUGAGUUCCUGGCACACAACACGAGCCUGGGAUCCUUGGUCAAGGGCGACGAGGAGGCGAAUGCCACUGCUCCGGCGCAGGAGGAGCAGCAGGGCACUGCCGAGGAUUCGCUUCCAAACGAUCAGGAGCUCGAGCAAUUCAGAGAGAACAUCGAGCUCGCGAUCGAAGACAGUACUCCCAAGGAGAAGAAGAAGCGGGGAGGACUUAACAAGCUCUGCCGUCUCUCGCCGGAGCUCCAGGCAAUUAUAGGAGAGGAAUCCUUGCCUAGGACCCAGGUGGUGAAGCAGCUCUGGGUUUACAUCCGUGCUCACAACUUACAAGAUCCCGAGAACAAGCGGAACAUCAUUUGCGAUGAUCCCUUGCGUGAGCUGUUUGGGACGGACCAAACUGACAUGUUCCAAAUGAAUAAGCUUUUAUCCAAGCACAUUUGGACUAUAACUGAAGAGGGUGAGUGUUUUGGCUUUUGCGCGAGUCAAAAUGGUGACCACAAAGAUUGUUUCCUUGAUUGUGCAGGGGCCGAAGAUUCGGAGCCCAAGACAAAGAGGCAGAAGAAGGAUUCCGGGAAAGGGAAAGCGUCGGGAUUCCUUGUCCCAUCUCCGAUCUCAGACGCCCUCCAAAAGUUUUUUGGUACUGGCGAAAGCGAGGUGACGAGGAGCGAGGUCGUAAAGCGGAUUUGGGACUACAUUAGGAGCAACCAACUUCAGGAUCCUACCGAUAAGAAGAAGAUCCUCUGUGACAAUAAACUACAGGAGCUUUUUGAAUGCGAUAGCUUCUUGGGGUUUACCAUGCCCAAGCUUCUGGCCUCGCACUUCGUGACAUCCUCCUGACUGACACAACCGGUCACAAUAAGGUAAAGGAUAUAUACACUAUACGUCCUUGCUCGCGAAGCUACAAAACACUCACACAGCAGACAGGAACUCAUAGGUACGUGAAUCGUGAUCUUCCUCACGACAUAGUAUAUUUAUAAUUGCAGAUAGACAGACUUCUGUUACUACUACUGAAGCUUUGUGCUGCUGCUGGUGGCUAUUGCUCCUAAGAGAAGCAUUUCAGCUCACAGCGGCAGUAGAACACUGACUGUAAUUUCUAUUAACUUUUGUAUUCAUUC